AUGGCUACUCAUACUAUAGAGACGCUCGUUGGUGCUACAGAUAAAGAUUCUCUUCAGAAGAACGUCAUUACGGAGAGAAAAAUCAUUUAUGAGCCAUUGACAGACCUAAAAAUGAAUAAUUCAAUGUUUGCCAAUUCGACAGUCAACGCUCUGGUUAACAUAGAUCGAAGUGACAAUAAACCUGCGAAUGAAUAUCCAAUGGUUGGUGAACCAGAUAUAGUACCCACCUUUGAGAUAGGCUGCACGAAAAGAGUAAAGGGGUCUGUAAUUGCCUUUGAUAAAAAAGGAUUUACUACUUGCAGGGUGAAAAAUGAGAUUCCCCCGGUGGAUCAUGGCGUCACACAAGCUUUGGAGUAUCUUAAUUCCUCAGUAAUUAAAAACAAGAUAUAUUUCAUCUCGAGUGUAUCGACUGAGCUAAACCAUAGUCUAGCUACUGCACUCGAGGAUCUUAUAACUGGUAUACCCAUAGUCUAUGGGGACGUCAAAAGUUUUCUCCAGACAUCAAAGAAUACGCUCGACAAAUUCUUUGAAGAUUUACCCAAUUUCAUUAAAGCUUUGGCCAAAGAAUUGUCGAAACAAAUUCAAAAAUUUCUUCCUGCGGAGCUAAUAAAAGUAGCCUCAACUGUACCAAAAUUAAAUUCUAAAGAUGGCAUAAAAUUAAAAAUUAUAGAUACCCUAGCAAAAAUUUUGAAAUCAGUCUCUACCGGAAUGAGGUUUUUUUUGCCAGCAUUUUUGAUCAAAAAAGUAUCAAUAUGUUUAACAGUUAUUGUCUUCCUAUUUGUUGUUUGGUACUGUCGUAAACGGGGAAAAGAUGAGCGCCUGAAAUGUAUGGCUAAGUAA